AUGGCGGCGAGCAAAAUUGUCAAGAGGAGUCAUUCUGUAAAAAAAUCAAAUCCUUAUAGGCGAGAAAAUAUAUCUAGUGGAAGUGCAGCAUUGGAUGCUGCUCGAAAAUCUGACGGAAAUCAAGAAGUAAACAUGCGGAGUAAUGUCAAAAGGUUGCGUGUUGAAGAUGCACUAUGUUAUUUGGAUCAAGUAAAGCAGCAGUUUUCUGAUGCUCCUGAUGUUUAUGUCAAUUUUCUUGAUGUCAUGAAGGAUUUCAAAUCACAAGCUAUUGAUACGCCGGGUGUCAUAAAACGUGUUUCACGUCUGUUUCGUGGUCGACCUAAUCUUAUCAUUGCUUUCAACACAUUUUUACCACCAGGAUUUGAUGUUACUAUUGAAGGCUCAAAGGUGAUAAUAACGGAACCAAGCGGUCAGCGACAAAUAAUAGAUGAAAGUCGUUCUGAAACUUCUUCUCCAGUGUUAUCAGAAAAAACCAAAAGUUCAGCAGCAGUGUCUUCGUCUUCAGUCGAUUAUUCUGCUUCUGCUAAUAAAGAUCAACUGUCAUCUUCUAUUGAAGCUAAUGCACCAAACCAUAAUUCUUCAGUGCAGUCAGUUUUAACAAAGAGUCCAGAACAAGAAUCAUCAUCGUCAAAAAAUACGCAGUCUAGUGAAAUCAAGUCUACUUCUUUUUUAUCGAAGCGAAUUAAUGUAGCUACCUAUCAAGAUGCAGUGAUAUACAGGAACAAAGUCAUGGGACGGUUCGAAAACAGGCCUGAAAUUUAUCAAAAAUUUCUCGAAGUGCUACAGCGACUUCAUCAUACUACACAAGAAACUGGAAUCUCUCAGGCCUAUAAACAAGCGGUAGAUGAAAUUGAAGCACUUUUUGAAGAUGAUCCUGAUUUAAUACAAGAAUUUAAACAUCAGUUUGAGCCAAAAUCUUCUGGUUCGUCUGCAUCUCGGUCGUCAUCGCGAGAAUUGGCGAGUAAAAAAAAGAGUCCGAGAGUGGGAAAUCGCACUGCUCUUGUUGUAUCUCCUCAACCUGUUUGUGUGCCAAAAGUUCAAAAGUGGCAAGGAAUAAGUGCUGGAAAACGUGCUGCAUCAGCUCAUCAGGCAACCGUAGCCAAGAAAGCAAAGUUAGGUCGGAUUAAUGUGCUAACGUACGACAUAAAUGUUGAAGAAGCUCAAAAAAUUGGCACAAUCGAAGAUUAUCUUUUUUUUGAUAAGCCACUUUGUUCAGGACGAACUCCACUUUGUGACUCUGUACUGAAUGAUUUGUGGGUAUCGUUUCCUUCUUGGUCGUCAGAAGAUAGCUCAGCUGUUCACUCGAAAAAAACACAAUACGAAGAAUUUGUAUUUCACACAGAAGAUGAACGUUAUGAGCUGGACAUCGUCAUCGAAGUCAACAAGUCAGCAUUAGAGGUUUUGGAAAUGGUUCAGCGGAAAAUGUCGCGCAUGAAAAAAGAAGAAUUAAGCAGUUUUCGUUUAGGUCCUUCAUUAGGAGGCAGUUCUGAUUCAAUCAUGUUGCGAGCAUUACAAAGAAUUUAUGGAGAUCAUACCAUAAAGAUGUUAGAAGGUGCGAUGAAGAACCCGCAAGUUAUGGUGCCACGGCUGAUCGAAAGGAUGCGGCAAAAAGACUCGGAGUGGCGUAAAAAUCAAGAAAUCUGUAAUCGUAUAUGGCGUAAAGAAACUGAAAAGCAUUAUAUAAGGAGCCUUGAUCAUCAGGCAACAGUUUUCAAACAAAAUGAUUUGAAACUUCGUGCAAAAGCAAUUAUCAGCGAAUUCGAAAAUUUAUACGAUGAACGAGCAGAACGUAAUGAAGAAGGUGAAGCAGUAGAAUAUGGACCUCAUUGCAUUUAUUCAUAUCCUCAAGAUAUGAGUGUCUUGUAUGACGUUAACGAUUUAGUAAUACAUUAUGUUAAAAGACAAGCAAAUAUCCAAAAAGAAGAAAAAAGUCUUGCGAAGCGUUACUUGAAGCGAUUCCUCCCAGAAUUGUUCAAUGUUCCACCUCAGGAAUUAAGUGACGAAGAAGAUUUGGGAGAUCAAAAUGCUGAUGUUACGCAGUCAACUAAUCCACAAGAUGAAAGAAAAGUACAGCUUUCUAAUGAAAAUGAAACUCCUACAUACCGCCUUUUCUACGGUGCUAAUACAUGGUGUAUAUUUAUUAGACUCCAUCAUUUAAUGUGCGACCGUUUGGCUUAUCUAAAAAAAAGACAUAGAGAAAUAAUUGAGAAUCAUGAGAUCGAAGAACGCAUAUGCAGAGAACGGGAAUCAAUCAUAAAUCGAUGUGUUGAUGACAGUUUACUGAAAACAAUAGAGAGAGACACGAAGCUUGGUUUGUCUUUGUUGAAACCAUCGAGACAAAAUCCGAUCAAUUAUUACAAGACAUUAAUUACUGAAAUCAAGAAUCUUCUCGAUGGUCUCAUUGAUAGUGCCACAUUCGAAGAAAGCGUGCGGAAAUUGUUCGGAACUGCUGCAUAUCUGACAUUCACAAUGGACAAGAUCAUUAUAACUAUUGCGCGACAGUUGCAAAACAUGUCUACUGAGGAUGCAAAUGUUGCAAGUAUGAAUUUAUAUAAGAAAUAUCGCUUUGAGCGCCCUGUUUGUUUACAUAUGCGAGGCAGAAAUGAAGAGAAUAUUGACGAUGUUUACGAACGAGCCGCACAAGAAGCUUUUGCUAAUCAGAAUUGUUUCAAAACAUUUUUCCUGCAUGAAACUCGAAACGUGACUAUGGAAUUAAUUGAUAGUGAUAUUACGGAAGAAGCAGAUAAAGCAGAUAGUGACCAGGAAUGGAGCCGUUAUGUACAUCAUUACCUGGAGAGUAUUGCUGAUGAGCCGUCGUCAUCAACUUCAAAUUUGGAUGAUCGGCAGCAUAUAGUUGAAAUUGUUGGUGAAAGACCACUUUUGUUCCUUAUGAAAAAUAUCAGAGCUGGAAUACAGAAAUGGAGAAAGCAUGAUGACGGUGCAUAUAAGAACGAUGAUGGUAUUUGUGAGUCGAGGUUGGAAAAGCAGUGGUCUAGUGUCACAGUGAAUGAGGACCUUCAUAUGCAAUUCGCACCAGCUGGUAAUUAUAAAAUGCGGUUGGCCAGUGGUUCUGCUGAUAUUUUAAUACGAACUGGGGCUCCACGGAGAGGAAUAAAUAAACAUAAAAUGAUCACUGCACGAAGGAAAGACCGUUUUCAUGCAUGGAUGGAAGAACGAUUAAGUGAAGAUGGUGGUGGUGUACUAAGACCACGAAAUUGGCUUGCUGACGGUUCACGAGUAGUAUCUGUACGUCACCCAGAUUUUCCUUACAUCGUUUAUAAUAGAUACUUCUCUUCUGUUUCCAGUACUUCAUCAACAGCGUCAUCGAAUCGUAGUCAACACUAA